AUGGCUGUCCUGACUGGGCUAAAUGAAACAUUUCGGUUUCACUGUACCAUAGCCAAAUGUAUUGGAAACAACAUAGUACAAAUGGUUCCCUAUGAAUGCCCGCCCAAACAGAACAUAACUUGUACUAAUGGCAAAAAACCUGUUCUAAUGAAUGAUGACUAUCAGUGCUGCCAACAUUAUGUGUGUGACUGUGAAUGUGAAGGAUGGGGAGAUCCUCAUUAUAUUACAUUUGAUGGCAAAUACUACAGUUACCAAGGAAACUGCAGUUAUCAGUUGAUGAAAGAAAUUAUACCAAAGUAUGAGUUGGAGGUUCAAAUUGACAAUGUCCAUUGUGAUCCCACUGAAGAUGUUUCCUGCCCUCGAUCCUUGACUGUCAUUUAUAAAAAAAUAAAUUUUAAACUUAUAAAUCAUAAUCUCAAUGGACGGCCAGAUUUGGAGGCACUUAAAGAAGGAGUAGGUCUAAGUCUACCUUACUAUUAUCAAGGCGUCAAGGUGAUGAGCACUACACUUAACCUAAUUCUAGAGAUCCCUGAUCUUGGGGUGAUCAUUAAGUUCGGAAGAACUGGAUUUAAUAUCCUCCUUCCAUAUGAGAAGUUUGGAGGAAACACACAGGGUCAUUGUGGAACCUGCACUAAUAAUCAGGCUGAUGACUGUGUGUUGCCAACUGGUAAGCAAGUUAGUUGUGAAACAAUGGCAAACCAUUGGCUUCUAUUGCCAUCAGACAGUAAACCUGGCUGCAAUACCUCAGAAACCACACCAUCACCCCCAGGCCCUCCACACCCCAUUUGUGACCUACUUAUGAGCAGUGUCUUUGCAAAAUGUCAUCCACUGGUAUCUCCAUCCAACUUCCACAAAGGCUGUCUUUUUGACAACGAUCAUGUGUCCAACAAAGCAGUGCUGUGCAAUAGUUUGGAAACUUAUGCUGCUGCCUGUGCAGAGUUUGGAGUUUGUAUUCAGUGGAGGAAUAAUACUAAACUAUGUGCCAGCAAUUGUAAUUCAAACAAAGUUUAUAAGCCUUGUGGUCCUGCAGAACAGCCAACUUGUGAGGAAAAUUCCAACUACCCCAGCAUGAAUUAUACUACUGAGGGCUGCUUUUGUCCUGAUGGAAUGAAACUGUUUAGCAAGAAAUCUGAUAUAUGCGUUAAAAGUUGCGGAUGUCUUGAUCCUGAUAACAAGCCCCGUAAGUCCAACGAGACAUUUGAAUACCGAUGUCAAAACUGUGUCUGUGAUGAGUCCACCAAAACUGUGAUCUGCCAGCCUAAGGCAUGCCCAAUUCAACCUGCAAUACUAUGCAAGGGUCCAGGAUAUGUUCUUGUCAAUAUAAGUGAUCCAUCCAAUCCCUGCUGCACUAUUCGCGAUUGUCAAUGUCAGAAAAAUGCUUGCCCAGUCAGCUGUCCAGUUGGAUUUGAGUAUGUACAACCAAAUUCUGCCAAAGGUGAAUGCUGUGGAAAUUGUGUACAGACGCACUGUGUGAUCAGUAUUAAUGGUACUGAGAAGCUCUUGAAGCCAAAAGAUGUGUGGUCACCAACUGAAAAUAAUUGUGAGCAUUACAAAUGUGUUAAAAAUGGUCAAAUUCUCACAGCCAUCAGCUUCCGCAUUGUUUGCCCCCCAUUCCAAGAGAGCAACUGUAAAAAUGACACAAUUCAAACUUUAGCUAAUGGCUGCUGUAAAACUUGUGUGGCAAAGCCCUGCAAACUAGAGACCAUGAAAGCUGUUAUUAAACACAAUGGCUGUAAAUCUGAGGUGGAUAUGCCGUAUUGUGAAGGAUCAUGCAACACAUUCUUCAAAUACUCUGAAGAAGCAAAUGCCAUGGAAAAUUCCUGUUCCUGCUGUAAGGAGGCACGUGCCAGCAACCGUACUGUUGACCUGGCAUGCGACAGUGGUGGAACAGCACCUUUCACCUAUAUGCAUGUGGAGGAGUGCAGCUGUAGCCACACCGAGUGCACCGCACCUGCUGAACAACGUGUUCGCAGAAAGCGAAGCUUGACACUGCUGUGA